GAAAAACAUAAUCUUCGCCACGACGCCACCUCGUCACUUGGAAUCUUGAGAUAUUUUGACAUGGGCCUUCCGUAUAAAUGGGCUUCGUUGGUUCAGCGUAAUAACACCCUUCCAUAACCAACCAUUUUCACAGGGCUUCGUUCUUGUACGUCGCGAGGAACCAAUGUGUGGGCUCUUCAAAGAGACUCUAACAACGUUAAUCGAUCCGUAGAUCGAACGAUCCUCACCCUCAGCAUGAAGACGUUUCUAGUUUUGCACUUUAUACAUGCCGACCUUUGCAAUCUUGGCUUUCUUUUUCACCAAGCAAUUCCUUCCCACGUCUCCAAAUCCCGCCGGCUUGAUCUCACAAAAUUUUGGUGGGGAAAAUGUUGGGGAGUCCUCAGGAGAGCUUGCCUUCAUCCAGGACCAUUCUAUCGGCGGUGGCAUCACUCACCGCCUCAGUAGUUCUCCUCCGAACCUUCUACAACGAACUCAUUCCCGACGCCGUCCGAGACUAUCAACCGUUUAUCCUCCCAGAUGAUCAUCGUCGUCGAAGAACUUGAUGGCCUCACCGCCAACCAGAUGUUCGACGCUGUGAAUGUUUACUUGGGCACGAGACUCUCUUCAUCCUCACGACGAAUUAAGGUCCUCAAGCCGGAGAAAGAGCAGCAAUUAGACGUGACUAUCGAUAGGAAUCAAGAACUGAUUGACACAUUUGAAGGCGUCAAAUUCAAGUGGGUUUUGGUUUCUUCGCGUGUUGAAAAGCCAAUUUCAAACAAGAACCGCGAUGCCAGUGCGUUUUCGCGGACUGAUGUUAGACAGUUCGAGGUAAGCUUUCACAACAAACACAGGGAUAUGGCAUUGAAAUUUUACCUUCCACAUAUUCUGCGGGAGGCAAAAGCCAUUAGAGAUGAGAGGAAGGCUGUGAAGCUCCAUACAAUAGAUUAUAGUGGUACUGAUUAUUGGGGUUCAAUCGACCUCAAUCAUCCGGCCACAUUUGACACUAUAGCCAUGAACCCUGAAACUAAGGAGGCAUUAAUUGAUGAUCUCAAUAAGUUUAUUGAGAGGAAACAGUACUACAAAAGAGUGGGAAAGGCUUGGAAACGUGGGUAUUUGUUGUAUGGACCACCAGGAACAGGUAAAUCAAGCUUGGUCGCGGCCAUGGCUAACUAUCUGAAGUUUGACAUUUAUGAUAUGGAUUUGAGGGAAGUUCAAUGCAAUUCGGAUUUAAGAAGAUUGUUGAUUGGCACUGGAAGCCGUUCGAUAUUAGUAAUCGAGGACAUUGAUUGUUCUAUUGAGCUGCAAGAUAGGAGUUCUGAUUCAGAAAAUCGAACUAAAUCUGCAGAGGAUGAAAAGGUUACUCUUUCUGGGUUAUUGAACUUCAUUGAUGGCCUGUGGUCGAGCUGUGGAGAUGAACGGAUAGUGGUGUUGACCACAAACCACGUGGAGCGGCUGGACCCGGCAUUGUUGAGACCUGGGCGCAUGGAUCUGCACCUGCAUAUGUCUUACUGCGAUUUCAGUGGUUUCAAGAUUCUAGCACAAAAUUACCUGCUAAUUCAUGAACACUCCCUUUUCGAAGAAAUUAAAGAGCUAUUAAAGGAAGUUCAGGCAACACCUGCUGAAGUAGCUGGAGAGCUAAUGAAAAGUGACAAUGUUACGAGUUCACUUCAAAGCCUUAAUCGCUUCCUCCAUGGCAAGCAGGGGACAAAUCGAUCGCCAGAUUCACGGACAGACACAGUAAAAGCUUAGAUUUGCUGCUACUGUUCCCCCCAUAAAAUCAACUGCAAAUUUGAUUACAAAUUAUUUUGCAACUCAAUUUUCGGAGUAAAACUGUGUCUCACUCUGCUUUGCUAUCUUCUCCAUUAUUGAUGUUGCUCUCUAGUUUCCCUCGCAUUUGCAAAAUGCGAAAGGGAACCGAUUCUUCUCUACUAUUUUAGAAAAUGAGUGGAGGUUCUGCAGAUUUUUUGCUCUAAAAUGUACACCGAUCAAUCUAUUGUAUCAAACAAAGACUCAUACUAUAAGAAACUAGAUUCGUCAACAAGCCUAACAUAGUUCAUAGGAGAGAGCACCAGUUUUCUAGAUGCACUUGUGGCUCCUCCAAGUACUCGAUGUUCUUUACUCUUGACUUCCGUUCGCGUGUUCCAAUCAGGGCAUAUAUCUACACAUUAUCCAUUACAGUUCAAUCAGUGAUUGAUCUAUAUCAACUGUUCUUUUAUU